UGGCUCUCCUGUAGUUUUUAUUGUUUAUAGCGACAUUGUAUACCUUUUAAAAUCGUUCUUAAGCUUUCGGGUUUCAAACGAAAGUAGAACUGUCUGUUGAUUUUAUCAUUUUCGGAAAAUAAAAUUAUCAAGCCCUAAUCAAUACGGGAAGGUUAAGAUUACCAAUGGAUUAAUUGGAUUAAUUCAUUAAUACAUCAAGAAAUGUUUUAGGAUUCAGGAAAUGUUUAAGACACAUUGUCUUAGCAGAUAGCCAUAUACUCAUAGGCACAGGUAAAACACUUCUUGUUUGACUGAAAAUACUUGCUUAAAGGACAUUUGUAAUGUGGGUGUCAAAUAUGGCGGUUGAAUGAAUAACUCCAAAAAUGUCCGAAGAAAAUAACUCGAAAAGCUCAGCAUGCGCAAUGGCUCUGUCAACAGAUGCUAUUCCAUUAUCCCCAAGACAGUCACAUGAAAGGAGUGAAAUGAAAGUAAUACCUGGACAGAAUGACCACACGUAUGAGGAGCGGACACUUACAGAAACAGAACAACGUCCAAAAGAAUUGUUUGAAAGCAUGCCAGAGCCGCCAGCUGACUGGCAAUUUAAUAUUUUACUUAGAAAAUUAGGAGACAGUAUACCAGCCGAAGAUUUAAGCAAAAUGAAAAGUCUUUUUGAAGGUGAGGGAGGAAUUGGUAAAGGCGUACAAGAAAAAAUGAAGUCGCCAUCAGAUUUUUUUCGAAUACUUCGAGCACGCGGUUACAUCAGCCGUGACAAUCUGUUGCAUCUUCAAGCAAUUCUGUUCUGGGCAGGAAGGAAAGAUCUUAUUCAAGAUGCAGUAGAGUAUUCCAAAACAAUUGGAAACGUUUUGCAUUUCUAUGCAUCAUCAUAUGAGCCAGAAAAUGGUUACAGAUACGUGAAAUUCCACAUUGACGGUAAAGAUUUCACAAAUUAUUCAAGAAAAGAUUUAGAGUUACUGCGUAAAAAAGUAGCGACUCUUCUCUUUGUGCCAGAGCAAUUUAUCAUUAUAAAGGGAAUAGAACCAGCUUCGAGUUUAGUUAUCACACUAAUGAUACCUGAUAUAUAUGUAGAAAUAUUGAAGGAGUUGCUAGACGAAGGAAGCCUUGACGAUUUUGUCGAUCUGAAGGGAAGUGGAGUCGAUUUUGUGGUAAUAGAUGGAAAAGCAGUCUAUAAUAUAAGGGGUACAAACAAGGAUAUUUUGGUGGAAGCAGAGCAACAAACCAAAUUAUUGAAUGUUUAUGACCAGCUUCAGCAGGCCAAAGAACGCCUUGAUAAUAGCGAAAUGGAAUGCAUUGAUUUAUCGCAGCAAACUGAAUAUCUACAGUCUAAAAUAGAUAAAACGGAAGAGAGUCUACACAAAGUUGAGAAUGAGUUACAUGCUCUGAAGAUAGUAUUUUCAAGGGAAAAGGAUGAAGCACAACCCGCCUCCCUCAAGGAACUUAGCAGUCUGAAAGAAUUCACCGAUGCUUUACAUCAAAUCAAUUCAGAAACAGUCGACAAAAAAGUAGUUCAGCGAAUGAUUGACUCAACAGUCAACAUAGUAUCUACAAGAAUGAGAGAAAGGCACAGAAUCAGUGAAAGAAGUGUUUUGCUACAUUUGCAAGACAUGCAGUCACAGCUUGCCCCCCUACAGUUUGAGCUUGAAAGAUACAAGUGUUUUACAGUUUUGAGUAACAUGGAUAAAUACGUCCUCGACAGAUUACUCUUGCAACCAUUCAUAGCUCAAGCUCAAGCUCAGAUUUCUCUAACACCGUAUGGACUGCAGAUGUUGGAAACCAUAAGCAGUAAGCUGUGCAAGACGGACAAAGAGAAAUUAAGACGGAAAUAUCAAUGGACUCCUGGCGGGAAAAUUGAGCAGUUCAUGGAACAAGGACAAGACCGGUUUCUCGCUGGGCUGUACUAUAAGGAAGUAGAAACAAAAAGAGUGGAUGUCCACUGCGAAACCUUCAUAGCACAGUGUCUCUCAGAAAUAGGUAGAGAAGAUUUGAAGAAGUUUCUUGAGCCGGGAUCAAUCUUUCCAAAUCCUCCAAGUCCAAGAUACUUUACGGAAAAUAAACAGAAAACGGAUUUUCCACAAGGCCAGAACAGUCAACAGGAGCAGCAACAGCAGCAACAGCAACAACAAAAAAGACCAUAUUCGUCUACACAAAAGCAAGAACAAUCCCAAGGUCAACAGCAGCUUCACAAUCAAUCUCCUAUCAUCACUAGAAUGGCACAGCAAAUACAAGAAAUGUACAACAUCUUACAAAUGAAACAGAGUGUGUCCACGUCCAAAUUUGAUGACUGGAAGACCCCAAGCUUCCCAUUUCAACCACAAGCGUUUCCGUAUUAAUUAUAACGAAUGUAUUCUUUAAUAGAAUAUUAUAAAGUUUACGAUGUGUCAUUUACAAAAAAAGCCUCUGCGGUUUGCUUUGGCCAACUGAUUAUGUUUCUUACCCUGAUUGUUUUUAACGUUGAGGGAUGUCAUGCUUAAAUUUAAGUUUCCUCAUCUGGCACGCUCGUUAGAGUUGAGUUUAGUUUAGGACGUGCUGUUUACAAUUGACUCUACAGCUUGACCUACGGAAAUUUACAUUUUGAGUUUGAUCUACAAUCAAUGAAGACGUAGAACAGAGAGACACAGUGCAAAACGAGAAAGUUAAUUCAACCGUUCCAAGAAGUAUUCUUACCAUAACUAGCAUUAUUUUUUGUGGAAGUGACAUAUAGGUUCAUGGGGUCGGUGAUUACAGAUAAUUGUGUAUUUGUUUUAAUAUGUGUAUUUAAAGUUAAAACAUAUAAUAUCUUCUACCAAAUUUGAAACAUAUAUUGUUAUUUUGAAAAUGUCUUAAAAUUAAUUGAAGCAAUUUCUUUUUCAAAUUUUAGCGUUCACCAAGCGUAUCAUAUAAGUUUCUUCAAUUUACAUUUUCAAAAGCAUAAUUCACAAACUAGCAAAAACGUUGCUAAUGUGUUUGAAACAAAUUUUAACAAGAACAAAAUAACGUUAUUAACAUUCCCUAUCUUAAAAUAGCAUAGAACAACACAUACGUGUACUUUGUGACAUUUUACAAUUGGAGAACUUUUAAGGUGGUUAUAAUUCAGUGUAAAGUGACUUUUUAUACGCAUGUUUUGAAGAAAGAACCUGUUAUGUUAUGGCGCGUGCCGCUGCCUGUCUGUUCCUUGUAUUUCGUGCCCGGACCAUAACUCAAUGACUAUUCCAGUUAUUGGCUUAAAACUUGACAUAUUGAUAAGUUAAGAACGCGUAGACAAGGUCGGUAGGCCAAAGGACAAGGUCAAAGUUGGGACUCAAAGUUCAAAAUAUAUCCCCCGUAUUUCGUAUCCGAAGCAUAAUUGCUGUUCAAUGAUUUAAAACUUGGCAUAUAGGUUAAUGUGAUGAUGUGCAGAGCACAUGAACUUGGUUGGUAGGUCAAUGGUCAAGGUCAUAAACUGAGUUCAAAAUAUGUCCUUUGUAUUUUGUGUCCAGAGCACAAAUUAUAGUUGGAGGUUAUCUGAAGAGUGCAACGAUUUACAAUUCUCCUACAAUAUCCCCUCAUUAAUUCGCUUCUCCACCCAAAACUUAAAUUAACAAUUUGUGCCUUAGUAUCGCGCGCAUGGACCAGGUAGGUCAAAGGUCAUUGUUACAGCAAGGUCAAUUAUGUUCGUCAUAUUUUUAGCCCAGAGAAAAAUUUAAUAUCUGUUCAAUGCAUUAACUUCGAAUUUGGUGUCUAGGUAGGUUGCAAUAAGGCAAUAUGAAGAACCUAUAAACUUUGUUGUAAGGUCAACGGUCAAAUAAAAAGGUCCCAACAUGUGUUAAAAUUUCAGAUCAGUCCGGUGCAAAAGCACCUCGGGCACUAUACUAGGGAUUUAGCCCAAAUUUCAACGCCAUCUCAUGAAUUUAAUAGCUGAGAAGUUUAUAUAAUGGCUUCAAUUUAUCAUAAAUAAGUUGUAUUCCUAUCAAACUGUCACAAAAAUAUUUUUAUUUCAUAUUCGUUUUCUUGAAAUUCGAACAGUUUAUGACUAAGGGUCAUAUUUUUAAAAAAUGUAAAAUGUGUAUUUGUAGUGAAAUAAACCCAUUAACAUCACAUAUGUUUAUUUAAGUAAAUAUUUUAAAUUAAUAAAUAAACGUUUACAAUGCAGAUAACCCGUUUAAAUAUUACUUUAUUUAAAUAACUGAAAAGCGAAAACUUAAACUUUUAGCACAUGUAAUGAUAAAAAAGUUUGAGACUGGGUUAAAGACUAAGCGAGAGGUCAGUUAGUAGAAACAUCUUGUUAACACCCUAGAGAUAAUAGUUUUAGUUGUUCUUUAUAAGUGUCUUUAAAAUCUAUGUAAAGUUGGAAUGUGAAUCUUUUAGUUCACAACUAGGUCACAUAGUCAGAUUAUUAGAAUAUUUUAACACCGUAGAGGUCUUACAUUUUCAAAAUCUUUGCGAAUCAUGGAGAAGAUAUUUCUCUUUAGAUUUGUUUAUACUUCAUUGCUUUUAUUUGCAUGAAACCUGGCCUAAAUCUGUGUCUUUAAGAUUUCAAGGUCAAGUGUGAAACUUUGUAAUCUGGGCUCAUAAAACAGGUGCUAAGGUUUAAUAAUAAAAACACCUUUGCAGGAAACCUACAGUCAAGUAGAGGUAAGUGCCUUAGGGCCAUCAUAGCCCUCUUGUAUAUUUCUACAACUCUUUGUUAGUGCUGCGUGUGUUAGAAAUAUAUAUUGCAUGGAUAACUUA